GUCAAACAGAAUAGAGUAUAAGCAGAGUCCAGUAAAAUGCAGGACUAUGAGGAGUCCCUGUCCUUUUUGGGGACCUGGGGCCCGUUCCAGAAGAGAGUCUUCUUCCUGCUGUGUCUCACCACCAUCCCCAGUGGAUACAACCUGCUGUCCGUCAUCUUCCUGCUGGCUACGCCCCAACACCACUGCUCCAUCCCCAAACAGAGCAACCUGAGCCAGGAGUGGUUCCAGGCCAGCAUCCCAGUUCUGGAGGUGGCAGGGUGGCCAGAAAAGAGCAGUUGUAGCCGGUUCGAGCUUGACCUGUUGCAGAACCUGUCUGCACUGGGAACCAGCCCCAGCCCGGAUCUGGUUUACAACCUGUCACGUCCAGAGAUCUUCCUCUCCUACCUUACCCAGGAGGGCUGUAAAGAUGGAUGGACCUACAGUACUGAGCAUUACCAGUCUACUGUAGUCACUGAGUUUAACCUGGUGUGCAGCGACCAGUGGAAACAGCCGCUUACCUCCUUCGCCUACUUCCUUGGAGGAUUGUUUGGAUGCUUCGUCUCUGGACAGAUCUCUGACCGGUUUGGCAGGAAGCCUGUACUGUUCUGUGGCAUCAUCACCCUGAGCAUCUUCAGCACCGCGUUGGCCUUCGCUACAUCCUGGCCCGUCUUCAUCGUGCUCUUCUUCAUGCUGGGCAUGGGUCAGCUCACCUGCUACAUAGUUGUGUUUGUACUGGGCUCAGAGAUCCUGAUGGGUUCAACCAGAGUUCUCUUCUCAAGUCUGUGCAUGCCUUGGGUCUACGUGUUUGGUGAAUUGAUGCUGCCUGUCACUGCCUACCUGGUCAGGAACUGGAGACACCUGUCUCUGGCAAUGGCUGUGCCAGGCCUGGCCUGUAUCCCCCUCUGGUGGCUGAUUCCAGAGUCUCCGCGCUGGUUGGUGUCUCGUGGCCGUAUUCAGGAAGCAGAACUCUUGCUGAGGUCAGCGGCUCUGGAGAACAAAGUGGAGGCUCCACAUGUCAUCUUCCUCUCAGCCAACGUUGAAAAAGCAACAAGUGAGAAGGCAGAGUCCCUCACCUUUCUGGACCUUCUGAGGACAGCAAACAUUCGACAUAUGACACUUAUUCUGUGGUUCAUAUGGUUUUCUAGCAAUGUAAGCUACUUUGGAAUGUCAUUCAACAUGUCUGGUCUUUAUGGCAACCCCUUCCUGAACUACUUCCUGUUGACGGCUGUUGAGCUCCCAGCGUUCACUGCCAGCUGGCUUGCGGCACGCUGUCUUCCUCGCCGCCUGUCAUAUAUAAUUUUCACCCUGCUGGGGGCGCUAGCGCUGCUGCUCAUCCAGAUCACUCUAAACAGUCAACCAACCCUCACCCUGGUCCUGGUGCUGGUGGGUAAAUUUGGCAUUCUGGCCGGCAUAGGGGUAUUGUACAUUUACACCGGUGAGCUGUCUCCCACAGUCAUCAGGAACACAGCAAUGUCUACCUGUGCCAUGUUCUCCAGAGUGGGAUGCUCUGUUUCCCCAUACCUGCUUCAGCUGGCUGUUUUCAAUCAGUUCCUGCCGUGGAUCAUUGUGGGUUCUCUGUCGUUGCUCAGUGUUGCGAUCUGCGUCUUCCUGCCAGAGACCUUCAGACAGCCGCUGCCCGACACAAUCCAGCAGAUGGCAGUCACACAGCGGUUCAGGUGGCCAUGGGCCUUCACGCCUCCUCCAAAGGAUGAUGGGAAAUCAGCUAAAGACCCAACUAGUGCACCUGAGAUCAUCUGCACAACUCACCUAUAA